UGGUCGCCUUGUUUCGCGACUACCAUCCAGAAAAGUUUUCCGGCCAAGGAGAUCCUCGUGUAGUAGAUGAAUGGGUUCAGGGUCUCGAGAUUAUUUUCGAGGUCAUGAACUGCCCCGAUCGCUAUCGUAUGUUAUGUGCCCAGAUCCAGCUGACCGGUGAUGCCAGACUCUGGUGGCAAGCCUAUUGGAGUAUGCGUCCCGGUGAAAAAGACGGUUGUACGUGGGACCAGUUCAAGGAGUUGAUCCGAGAAAAGUAUUAUCCCUCGUAUUACCGAGCAGACAUGGAGCGCCAGUUCUUGGCACUCACUCAGGGUACUCGUACUGUUGACGAGUACGAACGAGAGUUCACCCGUCUCGGAGCUUUUGUACCAGAUCUUGUAAGUACGGAAGCAAAGAGAGCCCACCGUUUCACCGACGGACUCCGCCCAGCAGUCCGCCACAACAUCGUAGGCCACGGUGUCCAGACCUACGCCCGCGCAGUUGCCAUUGCACAGGAAGUCGAUGCCAGUAUCCGACGUGAAGCCCUCCAGACACCAGCUCAGCCAGUUGCUCAACCACCAGCCCAGCCCAAAGUUGUCCAACCAUCAACCAACAAGAAUAAAAGAAAGUUCAAAGGAGGUCCAGAUGAUCGCAAGAACCGCCAAAGACAGAAGCCAAUACCGGAAUGCCCAACCUGCGGGAAACACCAUCGUGGAGAGUGCCUCGUGGGCCAGAAUGUUUGUUUCUUUUGCCGUCAGCCAGGUCACUUCAGCAACAACUGUCCAGAACGACUACAACAACAACCGCAACAACUUGACCAGAGGGAGGUCGACCGGCAUCCAGGUACCAUGUCCGGGAUGAUUAUUCUUAAUGAUGUGCCUGUCUAUGCCUUAUUUGAUACUGGAGCGACCCAUUCUUUUAUAUCACGUCGAUGUCUCGAAGCUAUUGGGGUUCGUUCCACUACCGCUGUCGAUCCUCUCGAGGUAAGUUUAGCCUCGGGAAGGAAGAUAGUGACUGACGCUAGAGCCACCGAUCUCAGCCUUUCCAUCGGCGGCCGUAUUCUAAUUAUUGAUACUUAUGUUAUCGAGAUGAGGGAUUUUGACCUCAUACUCGGUAUGGAUUGGCUAACUCGAUUUCACGUAGAUAUUCAAUGUUAUGACUGGGAGAUUACUCUUUAUCUUUCAGCAGAUGAUCAGAUCACUUAUUACGGCUCAUGGACUCGUACUCUGCCACAUAUUAUUUCUAUG